AUGCAAACUUCCUACUUUGAUCAGCAGAGGGUGGAGGGGGAAAAAGCCCGCAGAGGCCCGGCCGCGGCGCGUCCGCGGCGCCCUUGGCGGGUCCCCGCCCCCUUCCGGAAGGAGCCGCGGGGACGCAGCAUCCUGCACCUUGACCUGUCUAGACGGGCCCCGAGUUUUUGUGUCGGUUACCAAGGGCGAGGGGUGCUCUUUGACCCCCGCGCGGGGCGGAGGUGGUGGCCAGAGGGUCCUGAAUCCUCGCCGGAUUCCGGAGGGAGCCGGGCGCGCGGAGACCGGCACCAGCUGUCCCCAGAGCCCGCGGCCGCGCCCGGGGCCGCCCUGCCCGCCCCUCUCCCCCGGCGCCCGCGGAUCGCCUUAGCCCACUCGGAGGCUUUCCUAGCAGACCUGUUGGAUGGAGUGUGUGAGCGGAUGAACGACCACAAGCUGGAAGAAGACCCCGUGACCAAGGAGAAGGCGUUUAAGAGAUUUGCCCCAAGGAAAGGAGACAAAAUAUACAAAGAAUUUUAAAAAUUCUGUUUUUAUUCUGAUGCUUACAGACCUUUGAAAUUCGCGUGCGAAGCCAUAAUAGAGGAGCAUGAAGACGGAAUAUUCUCACUUAUCGCCCAGGAGGCACACCACCUCGCUGACAAGCUGUGCAGUAAAAAGGCAGACCUCUGUGAAACCUAUGCUGAGCAAAUUGAGCUCUAGGAUACCGGUGCUACCAGGUAGUGGGGAGGAGAGCCACAGCCCACAGGUCACCGUCUGUGCUCAUAUCUUUAUGUUUCUUCAUGAAAAGAAAGGCUAUGUCUCGUUCAUACCAUGUCAUCUCAUGUAGGACAUUUUAUUGAAAAUCUCUUGUUUGGCAUCAUGACAAACCUGGUUCUUUCUACAGGGGAGGCUGAGGAGUGCAUAAAACAAAGUACCUUUGUGGAUUUUGGUACAGACAGGGUUGGGAGUAAAGCAUUUAAUUUGGUAAUAAGAAAAAAGUGAAACCAUUUUAAGGAUUUGAUAAUGCAUACUGUAUAUUUUAUGCAUGUCUACAAGUAUCCCGUUCUAUUUGAUAAGAACUUGAUUUGAUUUCUUAAAUACUUGAUUGGUCAUGAAUUUAAGAAAAUAUGUUGCCACAAAUUCCAGAUUAUGUCUUCCAGGAUAUAUAUGGUGGUCAAUAAAAGAAACAAACUAACUUUAGAUCAGGAAUGAAAAUCAAAUUUCCAGCUUUAAACCCUAAGUUUAAAAACUUUUUAAUCUCUAAAAUGUAAUUGAAUGUAUAAAAAAUAAUGAAUAUUUUCAUAGCAAGCAGUACGAUGGCCUUCUCCUGCAGACCUUCUGAAUUGAGAUGAUUCAGAGAGUCGAUUUUUUAUCACACUGCGUGUUCUUCAAAGAUGACACCAAUGACCAUGUUUUGUUUUGCUGCAAACUCUAUUGCGUGUGUGUGUUUUUUGAAAGACUUCAGCUAACAGCAUGUAUAUUUUGCUGCUAACUAACCUAUUAUUCUCCCAAUUUGGGUGUUUUCAUUGGUGUGGAGAUGAAGGGGAGGUGGGACCUUAUGAAAAGUUACCUAUUGACCACACUUAAUACCAGAACGUAGUAAUCAUAUUGCUCUUGGAUAUUUCAUUGUCUCUGUUAAAUUUACAUUCAGUGGAAUCUGACUUUAAUUAUUUAACAUGUCAGGGCAUAUUCUACACACUUCUCUUUAAAAAGAAAUGCUCAUUGUUGGUGGUGAGAAUUUACAAGGUAGGAUGAGAUAAAUUCUGCCCCCAAAGAGCAAAAACCAUCUUGCCAUGUGUUCCAUCAUUGCCUAGAAAACACUCAGCUGAGGCUUCGGGGAGGGGAUAGUUCUGAAACUUAGGAACAUUUACCAAAAUUAAGAGGAAGCAGUUUCCACUUUUCUCCUUCUUCCACCCCACUUCUUACUAGAAGUCAGAAUUUUAAAUUCAUGCCAGUUGUUUGUUUGGGGAAACGGAAAGGCUCGUGAUGUUUGGACGCAUCUAUAGCCAGGUAACGAGGACAGACCCUACAUGCUAUAGCCCAGGAAACCUGCACUGAUAGAAAAUGGAAAUAGGAUUUCAGAAUAAUUAGCACCAUUUUUCAGUCAGGUAGUAAAGUUGUGAUUUACAACACAGUCCCUACAUCUUUAUGUAAACCUGUCUAUCUAAGAUUAAUUCAGCAUUUCGAAUAGCGCCGAGUCAUGAACCUCUCCUGAACUUGGGCUUCCUUGGUACGUGCGCUGCCCAGGAACCUGAUUCCUUCAUGAGAAGAUGGCCAAGGCCGUGGCUGGCAAGUGCCCCUGGAGCUGGACAUCUGUGACUGUGGAAGUGUGACCUCAGGCUUCCCAGAUUCUCACUGGUAACUGUUACAGAUUCUCAGAUGCGGACACUGCUAAUGCUGAGCACACACUGUACACGAAUGUGGGGUCCUGCUUAGCAACCUAAGUGAACAUGAGGACUCCGCCUUCCUUCCCCCACGGAAGUUUCUCGUGGAUGGUGAUGCGCUUGCUUUGACUGGAGCGAACCACGCAUCUUGCCUCUAAUAGUGAACAUCGAAGGUUUCGCCGAAUUUGGCUUUUCAGUUGUUUCUUAUUUCCCAGGAAAAAUAGUCUUGUCUCUUCCAAGAUUUUUGGUAGCUCAUGACUUAUCGACUUUUCCUUUCCAGAAAUUUGUUUCCAGCGCAAGCUUGUUAAACUCACGUAAAUACUGCAGCUUACUGAGUUACUGAUUAAAUGUAUGUUUGAGGGAUAGACACAAACCACCGCAUUUCUUAUGGCUGCAAAUAUUCGGGAGUUUCCCUGUAGGGCACAGUCAGGCUGUGCACUUUUGCUAAUGAGCAAUAAUGAGACAGAGUAGUUGCUCGCUUUAGCGUCCCUCUGAGUCACAGUCCUGCCUUCUUAAUGACGUUUAUUGACCAAACCAAAACAAAGCAAAAAGCCUGGGAAAAAUAAAAAAGGCAGCACCCAGAGUAUGGCACAAAAGUUUCUCAGAGUCAAUGAAAAGCAACCUAAUUCUGGGUCAGAAAAUUCCUUGGAGGAAAAAAGCGGGGGGUGUGAUGCUCAUUAAAAUAACAGGGAGAGUAGACACGUUUGAGGCAAGUGGUUUCAAGUUGUGCUUUUAUGAGACAGGUUCUUUGGGUCUCCCUGGAAGACUCUGGGAACCUGUUCUUAUAAAAAGAAACCAAAUUGGCUGAGACGCACUGUUUAUAUUUUGUUAUGUGGAUUACUACUUGCUAAGAAUAAGCCAAGACCAAUGAAUCCAUUUCACCGAGGAGUGGAAAGUGGAAUUGAGCCAAAGUCCCAAAUGGGAGAGAUCAAUACUUUAUUUACUAAGACAAGCCCUAAAAAAAAUAGAGUCAAUAGCUGGUUAUAUUUGUUCUACCUAUUUCUCUGCUUGGGUUGAUAGUUAUUCAUAUAUGUAAUGGCUUUAUCUAAUUAAAAAAAUUUUAAACUAUCACUCUUAAAAUUCAGAUUAUAAUGGAAUAUGAGAAAAAGCCAUUCUUUGAUGUGAUUUUGUGGCCUGUUUUAAGAUUUGAUGCAAAUUUUUGAGCUAAUCUUAAAUGAGUUAAUCUUAAAUCUUGA